AUGAUAGUGAAGGUAGUUGAUCCAGAGACUGGUUCCAGUGUGGACCCAGACUUUAGAGUGGAAGACAUGCAGAACCCCCAGGCCAAUAAUUUACAAUCAGUCACUCCACUUCCACAAGCGUCCAUCAGAACGGACAUGACCACACCUGCCGGAACCAGACUCACUCUGUACUUCCACGCAAUUAUUUCAAAGGACUUUAAUUUCAAACCCCAAAAACAUCGCAUCUUCAUCAGAGCUGGACCUCCUCUAUCAAAUUGGGGUGUUAAUUUACUGGAGCUUUCUGAGACAAGGGAUGUUGGCAAGUAUGGCCUUUUGGUCGAAGGCAAGGUGGAGACCCAAAAAAUGGUCAUCAUGUCACAGUCAAUACCUUACAAAUACUUAGUUCAAAAGAAGAAAAAAACCAAAUUUGAGUUCAUCUACAAAGAGCAUUGUGACCAACUCAAGACCUACAGAUGCCUGUUUGUUAAACCUCAUCUAUUGAAUGAAUACGGGGAGUGGCAUCAGUAUGAUGACUUUCUGUGUGGUGAGCCAUCGAAGAGUGUGGGAGAUCGCUUCUGGUCGGCCAUUAACUUUAGGUCUGACCAGAAUAAAGAAAACAUUGAACGCAAGAAUAUUGCGGGGCGUUUAAUGCUGGGCUCAAUAUUUCGUCUUCUCUGCACUUGGAGUGACAUCAACUUAAAAAAUUUUUUUAUACAACUCGAUCAGUUCUUUGAUGUUUAUGCAAACCCAUCUACUUUCGAGGAAGGCUAUAAGAAAUGGGACUACUACAAUAAGAGCCAUGUACGUUCUCUGUGUAUGGUGCUAAAGAACUUCAUGGAGGAAAACGUAACUCCAAGGUUACAGGAAGAUGGAAAUGGAGGUCAAAAUUUGUAUAUUCAUGAUGGGCUACGAGCAGCUGUCAUCGUGCUCCUUGUGAGUGAAAAGUACAGCAUCAAACUGGACCACGCCCACGCCGAGCAACUUUGCACUGAGCUGUGUUUACCCAAGGAUCCAAAAGACGGGUUCCUCCAAUAUUGGCAAGAUUUUUCACGUGAUGCUGCACUUUUUCCAAGGCGUGACUCAGGUGAUCCAGCGCUGAAACAUCAGCGCUGGAUCAGUGAGGCCAUUGAGAUCCGCAAGCGGGGCCCGGGGACAAUCAACAGGGACGAAGGGGCGUUCAUGCUCUCUACUACCCAGACCAGCAUCCUGGAAGACCUGUCAAUGGACUUGUUGUCUCUCAUCAAAACUGUGAAACAACAUGGGAAGCCCCAUUGGAUUGUAGCAUUGCCGCUCUUCCACCUCCUUGAAGGCAAAGACGCAAAGCCCUAUCAGGUGUUGACAUCUACGAAUGGUCUUUAUGGAAUGGGUGGCACCAACAGUAUGGAGAGCAAGGAAAUAUUGCAGAUGAUGCAAAAACAUAGUCACUUGAUGGAGUUGGAUCCACUUUUAGUGCGAUCUGGUUUGAAUCUGAUGUCUCUUGAUGAAAUAAAGGAGUACAGCAAUACCAUGAAUGUCCAGCUUUUGGACAUUCUUCGUGCUUUUGCUAAGGUAGCCCCAAAGGAAAUCAGCCACGGAAACGUUGAGAUGUGGAAUCACAUAAUUGGCAUCCACUUCAGCAUUGAGACGUGUCAAGAAGUGUGGAGGCAGAAUUUAUUGUUGGAUUUUGAGGGCAAGUACAAAAAGGAACAACCUCUGGAUCAAAUUAACUUUUACCGCAAAAAAAUAGAAGAACUCGACCAUUCUCUUCAGCAUGUUGCACCUAGUAUUGAGAAGUGUGCACUGGAGGCGGUUUCAUCAGUAUGCCAGAGCAAGUCUGCGGAACAACUGUUUGACAAUUUCAAGAUGACCAGCAAGUUCAUGAAGCUCUUCUCAGCUCUUGUUACCGGCUCCUGGCCGAGGGACCAACAAGGAAACUAUGAAGACAAAGAAGAGGUGGUCCUUGUGCACCUACUAUCCUGGACUGGUGCCAAAUACAUCUUCCAGCUACAUGGUGCACAGGAAAAUCUUUCGGACAAACUAACCAGCGAUGCCAGAGAGAGAAUCACUAUUGCCAUGUCUACACUUACGGAAAUAAAAAAUAAGUUUAUGAAAGGAAACAUCACAUUCAAGCUGCUGAAUAUUCUUUUGGCGAGUCAAAAUGCAUUUUUAGACCUGCUGAGGAGCGGUCUCUCUGAGAAUGAGCGACACCGGGAUACUGGCAAAAUGGAAAGGCUUCUGAAAUGCAGGGAUGAUGAAGUCAAAGCUGUGAACCACGAGAGGGAGCAAGUGGACUCCCUUUUGGAAAUGAUCCGCCACCUGGACAAGCAUAUAAAGGUUGAUGUCACUGAAUUGGAUAAGAGACUCAGUAUCAACAUGGACCAGAUGAAUUUGGACGAGUUUAUGGAGGUUCACCUGUACGAGCAGUUUUCCUCCAAAACAGCUGGUGCUGUUACUUACUUCGGAAUGAAUAAAGACAUCAAGCAAAUGUCAGAAGACUUGAACAAGUUCAAAGACAGCCAUCUUUUCAUUUUUUGCUGGAAAGAAGAAAGCAAACGUCUGUACCGGGAUGACGACACAAAUGAGGAAGACGAUCAAACACGUGAACAGUUUACGCUCUGUGACCUUUAUGAGAAGAUUUUCACACCUUGUGUUGAGAAUUACACGGAAAUUUACACACGUUUGAAGAACGGUACUAUAAAGCUGGAGGAGGUAACCCAGCUUUUCGGUGAUUUUAAGGGAAAGUAUGCUGAGCUGGAUCAAGACUUGAACAUCAUGUGCAGAGUUGACACGUCGACAGAUAAGCAAUGGAUACACGCCAGGCUUCAACAGAUCGAGCAAUAUCACGAGCUCCAUCUCGCCGUGGCUUCAGCUAAGGUCAUAAUGGAGGUCAAAGAAACUCUCGGUCUCGAAGGGGACUUCAGCGCGCUAGAGACGCUUUUGAAAGUGAGUCAUCCGGACUUCCAAGGGAUGGAGCUGCAGUGCAUUGACAAUAACGUAGUAAAGGCCAAGAGUGAUCUAAUGGACAUCACAGAUUCUCGAAGAGGUUGUCUAAAGGAGCUGACACUCAGUCGCCAUUUUGUGAAAUGGGUGAAAGAUGCACUCCAAGAUCUCAAGGAUUUAAAAGUGUUUGUCGACCUGGCUUCCAUCUCUGCGGGAGAGAAUGACAUGGAGGUGGAUCGUGUGCUUUGCUUUCACGACGCCGUUCUAGGCUACUCUUCCGUCCUGUACGACCUCCGGCCAGACUCUGGCUUUCUGGCCUUUCAAGACGUUUUAAAGAUGCUCUGGAAAGCUUUCGACAAUGACAAGAAUCUUCCCCAAAAAUUGCGUGACAGUGGCCGUCAUUUGGAAUGGCUAAAGACGGUAAAGGAUAGUCACGGCUCAGUGGAGCUGUCUUCUAUGUCUCUGGCAUCAGCCAUCAACCGUAAGGGCAUCUACCGAAUCAGCGCAUACAGUGGAAAAAAGUUGAGUCUUGACACCGCCUUGAAACUCGAGAUUAUGGAGGAGGAUAAAGAGGCGCGUCGACAAACGCUUGAAGAUGUGCGGGAACUGCAGAACAAACUGAUGCUCAUGUCUGGUAAAGGCGACCAGGGACAGAAGGAAGUAAAUUACUUUGCAGAGGUCUUUGCUGGUGUUCAAAGGCUAUCUGAGGCUUUCAUUGCUCUCCAUACUGCUGGAAACCCUCUAUUCAGACACUGGGAAGCUCAAAUCCACUGUUGUUAUCAUAAUAAACUCCGCAUAGUGAUGAACUUUAACCUAGGUAAUGAGAUUACCAUGGAGGAUUGCCUUCCUGAACUUUGCGUGAAAAUGGAGAACUGUCUGAACCUUUGGAUGGACUUUGUGGACAAACGAAGAUCCCAGUAUUACUACUUGAACUACUUCACAGCAGAGCAGAUUGUCUACCUGUGCAUAAAUCUGUCAGAAGAACACAUAAAACAUGUGGAUAAUCAAGUUCUCAUGAUGCUCUCCUUCAUUAAAUCCCACUGCACUGCUGAAGAUGUAUUGCGUGUUUGGCGCAAACUUCAAAAUGAGAUUCUCACCCAACCGCAAGAAGAAAAUGAGGAAAUUGAGUUCCAGGGGACGUCAGACCCAAGGAUGGAAAAGGAGCCUCAGCAAGAAGCAAACACAUUUCAAAUGUUCGAUCUGAUAUGGAACAACUACAUGGAAGACCCCAAAAAAGUUUUACCGCAAAUUCUUGACAUUAAAAGUCUUGGAAGACUGCUUGAAUUACUGGCUCUUUCCGAGGAAAAUCAUGCUAACUUGAUAAAGAGAGAACUUCCUAAAAGAAUGGCAGCAGGAACUCCAAACCUCCUUGUUUGCCCUCACGCUGCGGUUUUGACUUCUUGCAUCUCUAUUUAUAUGACCAGCAAACAUCAGCCACUGCCAACUUAUGACGAAGUCCUGCUGUGCAAUUCCUCCACAACCUAUGAGCAGGCAGAGCUGUUUCUCAGGCGUUGUCUCGGUGCAGGUGGCAAGGAUGAGAAGAUUUACUGCCUCCUGCACGGAGAACUUCUAACGUACGAUGUCAGCUCAAAAUUCGAGAAAUUUUUUCAGCGUAUGAAAAUGCAGUGCAUGACAGACUAUAGGCUUGUCAUAUUGUGUAGCUCAGAAAGAGAACACGCCUACCUUCCCUCAGCCUUCAGUCAGUACAGGUUGCAAAUUGUUCCUCAAAUGCCACUGGACGGCAUCCGAAAGUACCUCCACCAACAUUACGUGGUGCCGGCGGAACAAUGCAGCGCAGCUGCUGUAUUUAAAGAUCGCCUUUGCAUUGGCACUGUCACAUCUGAAAGGGCUGGUGUCGGUAAAUCACUUUACAUCCAGAGGCUGUACGAAACACUGAAGCACUCCAAUGGGGAACGCGCAACCAUGAAUUGCAUUCGCUUGAUUGAACCCAGUGUCAAUGAGACUGCUAUUCUCCAAUCCCUUAUGAGCAGCGCUAAAAAGGACAAACUCUCAGUGUUCCAUUUCGACAUUACGUCAUCGGUCAAGAAAGGUAUUCAUGAGUUUCUGUUCAAGUUGUUGAUUCUGCGUUACCUAAUGGACUCAGACGGAAACACCUGGAAAUGCGACGCAAAACAAUUGUAUGUCAUGGAGUUUUUACAACAAACUGUCAAGCCAAGCAGAAAAGCUUCAGCUUAUUCCUCAAUCAGCUCAUUCACAGACGUCUUCCCAAAUAUUCUUUGCCGGACACCCAAAGAAGUACUCUGUCUCUUGACGACGACAAAACAUGAUGCUGAUGACAAUCCAUUAAUGGAUGACAAAGUGUUCAAGAGUGAAGCCUUCCAGCGACCGUAUCAGUAUCUCAAAAGGUUCCAUCACCAAGAUAGCCUCGAUCGCUACAGCUAUACUGUAAGCGGCGCUGGAGGGUCGCAUGCGGAAUGUCUUCAGAUGCUUUUCAUAUACUGUGGCAUUCUGGACCCAUCCUGGGCAGAACUUAGAAACUUUACUUGGUUUCUCAACCUGCAGCUGAAAGACUCUGAGACAUCUGUGUUCUGUGAUGCUGCUUUAACAGGGGACAUCCUCAAUGGAUUCAAAAAAUUUGUGGUGGGUUUUAUGAUUGUCAUGGCCAAGGACUUUGCCACACCUUCACUCAGUAUCUCUGACCAGAGCCUCGGCAAUGUCCCAGACCGGACCGAUCUCGAAGAAAAUGACUUGGCUGAUUUUUUGAUCAGAAAGGAAUGGGAAAAGGAACCUCACCCCUAUAUCUUCUUCAAUGAAGACCACUCAUCCAUGACCUUCAUCGGCUUUAACCUUCAACGCAAUUCAAAGCAUGCAUAUGACGCGAUUGAUCCAAAGACCAAAAGGAUGAUUAAAGAAAACGUUAUGUCACAGGAGUUGUUCGAAGGCCUGCGGCGUCAGGGUGUUCCUUUCAAUAUUGACUUCGACACCCUACCCAGAAGAGAGAAAAUACAGCACCUCUGCCAUGUUCUUGGAAUCAAGAAGCCCUUUGACCCCGAUCCGACUUACGAACUUACGACUGACAACAUCCUGAAGAUGCUGGCAAUUCACAUGCGUUUCAGGUGCGGCAUCCCCGUCAUUAUCAUGGGAGAGACGGGAUGCGGAAAGACGAGACUCAUUAAAUAUCUUUGCGAGUUGCGCAGGAGCGGUGUCGCGACUGAAAAUAUGAAGCUGUUGAAAGUGCAUGGAGGGACAUCGUCAGAGAUGAUUUACGCCAAAGUGAGAGAAGCGGAAGCGAUGGCUUUCGCCAACAAACGACAACACGGAUUUGACUCCGUUCUCUUCUUAGAUGAGGCCAACACCACAGAGGACAUCAGCAGUAUCAAAGAGGUACUUUGUGACAAGACUGUCAAAGGGGUCAGAUUGGUAGCCGACACCGGACUGCAGAUCAUUGCAGCGUGCAAUCCUUACCGAAAGCACACCGAUAAGAUGAUCGAGAGGCUGGAAUCUGCCGGUCUUGGGUACAGAGUCAGGUCUGAGGAAACGGAUGAAAAACUAGGUUCAAUUCCCCUUCGACAGCUUGUCUAUCGAGUUCAAGCGUUGCCACCGAGCAUGAUCCCGCUUGUUUGGGACUUUGGCCAGUUAAAUGACACGACAGAGGAAAUCUACAUCCAUCAGAUUGUGAAGAGAGUUGCAGAGAGUCUAAGCAUUCCCAAGAACCACUUUGAAUGGAUUACUCGUGCUCUUUCUGCCUCGCAGAAGUACAUGCGGGAAAGGCGCGACGAAUGUAGCUUCGUCAGCCUGAGAGACGUUGAACGUUGCAUGCAGGCCUUUCUUUGGUUCCACGACAAGCACGAUCGAUUCUUUGCGGAGCUUAAAGAAUUCAGCGCAAAUCAAAACGGGCAAAAAUGCAGCCAUCAGAACAGCCAAUCGGAGCGCGAUCCUGUCAUGUGGUCUCUCAUCAUGGCCUUAGGCGUGUGCUAUCAUGCUUGCCUUGAACAAAAGGAUAAAUACAGACAGUGCGUCAGCAAAAGUCUACCUGGCUACUCGCCAGAAAAAAUUAAGAGGGAAAUCAUACUUAUGCAGGAUUUACUGCUGAGCGGCGUGCCGAUGGCUGAUACCAUCGCAAGAAACGCCGCCCUCAAGGAGAACGUUUUUAUGAUGGUGAUCUGCAUCGAACUCAAGAUCCCUCUCUUCUUAGUCGGAAAACCCGGUACUUCAAAAUCGCUGUCUAAAACCCUGGUGGCGGACGCUAUGCAAGGCCAAGCUGCUCACUCUGACCUCUUCAAAAUGUUCAAACAGGUUCAUUUGGUGUCUUUCCAGUGCAGCCCCCACUCUACACCUGAAGGCAUCAUUAAUAUUUUCAAACAGUGCGGGCGCUUUCAGGAAAGAAAGAAUCUCAACGAGUACAUUUCAGUGGUUGUCCUAGAUGAGAUCGGGCUGGCCGAAGACUCCCCGAAGAUGCCGCUUAAAACCCUUCACCCAUUGUUAGAAGAAGGAUGCAUCGAUGACGAGCAGUCGCAACACAAAAAGGUUGGAUUCAUUGGAAUUUCCAACUGGGCGUUAGACCCCGCAAAAAUGAACAGAGGCAUAUUUGUUUCUCGAGGCGAUCCUGAUAAGAGUGAACUGAUUGAGAGCGCACAAGGCAUUUGCUCAUCUGAUGUGAUGGUGUCAGGGAAGGUCGAGGCAUUGUUCAGCCAUUUUGCAGUAGGCUACAUUGAAAUUGUCCAUAAUCAAGGCAACGGGUUUUUCGGCUUGCGUGAUUAUUACAGCUUGAUCAAGAUGGUUUACGCGGCGGCCAAAGCCUCCACAAAAAAGCCCACCGCUAAUGAAGUCACAAAAGCCAUCUUGAGGAAUUUCAGCGGCAAAGAUGACGUGGACGCAGUGACCGUCUUUACCAAGUUUUUUCCCUUUGCACCUGACCUGGAAAACAUCAGCACCAUUGAGUUUGUGAGAGCAAACAUUCAGGGAAUUGGCAAGGAGGAAGACUGCCGAUACUUGCUGGUGCUCACCCGAAAUUACGCAGCCCUCCAGAUCUUGCAGCAAACCUUUUUUGCAGAUAUUGGCCAGCCGGAAAUCAUCUUUGGAUCCAGCUUUCCCAAAGACCAGGAGUACACCCAAAUCUGCCGGAACAUCAACAGAGUAAAAAUCUGCAUGGAGACGGGGCAAACUGUUGUGCUCCUUAACUUGCAAAACCUGUACGAAAGUCUCUAUGAUGCCCUCAACCAAUAUUAUGUCUACUUGGGAGGACAGAAGUACGUGGACCUCGGCCUCGGAACUCACCGAGUCAAGUGUAGGGUGCACAAUGACUUCCGGCUCAUUGUCAUCGAAGAAAGAGAGGUGGUUUACAAACAGUUCCCCAUACCGCUCAUCAAUAGGCUGGAGAAACACUACUUGGACAUCCAUACUGUCCUGACUACUGAGCAGAGGAGGUUGGUCGAGGAGUUAGAGGAAUGGGUGAAGGUUGUAUCAGUCGGCAAUCUUAGGUACAAGUACCGUCCCUCAGAUGUCUUCAUCGGCUACCAUUCAGACGCUUGCGCUUCUGUGAUUCAUCAAGUAAUCGAGAAGACGAAGGACGCAAUGGAAAUAUCAGAUGGCUUUCAUAGAGUUGUCGAUGAGGCAAAACAUGUCCUGCUCAGGUGCGCCACACCAGAUUCAGUGGUACGGUUGUCCAACACUGAUCUUCCCAGUGGGGAAAGUGGAGAUCUAGCACAAGUCUACUUUGAGGAACUGAGUAACAGUUGUAUAGCCGACUUCAUCGAUACCCGUACAAGACGGGAAGUCCACAGCGUUAACUCUUUCACAGAGGUUACAACAUUUUCCAGACUUCUCAUUGCACCCGACUUAGAGCCAUUGCAGCGAAUGUUACCAUGUGUCGAGCUUCUCUCUCUCCAGCAGUUUGACACGGAACACUUCUUCCUGAAAGAAAUCCGAAACUUCCUCACUGCCGGACCCGAAGACAAAGUCCUCAUCAUUCAGAGCGAAUUCAAAGAAGCCAGUCGUAGUGCCCAUCUCAUUGCAUCCGCAAAGUAUUCGGCCGUAAAUGAAGUCACCAAGCUCGUCCAAGAGGGUUUGACCUGCAGGGUGUUUAUCUACUUUAUUACCCGGCUUCCGAGGAUCCAAGGAGGGACUUCCUAUGCUGGUUUUCAUGGAGAACCCUGGACUUCGGUGCAUAUCGAUGACCUCAGACGACCGAAGGACAUCACGAAGGGCGUUCGAGCUUUGCUACACACACCAAUUUGUCAACUGUUUGAAACAAACAAACCUGAAGCUCUGGAUGCGAGUGAGAUGGGCGAUUCACAGGUUGGGAAUGAGGAGGAAGCAGACGUGAGAGAUGACUACGAAGAGGAUGACUCUGCACUGGACACUACAGCUCUUGUGCAAAGCUGCGCGCAAAGUGCGGUAGGCAUGCUCAGGGAUGAGCAAGGCCACGGAUCCCGCAGUACAGAAAGACUUGAGACUGUUCUGUUGCUUCUCGGCAACAGCGACCAGAUAACAUGUGACUUCCUGCAAAUUGUGAAGAAGCGCCUUUACUUGAUGCUCUCAAAUGAAAACCACUUAUCAUCUGCUGAAAAGGAUUGGGCUGUCAAAGUGGCUUCUAGUAUUGACGCCUUACAGGAAGGAGGGACGUUUUGCCACGCUUUAUGGAAGCGCAUCCAGGCUGUGGUGACCCCCAUCUUGGCUCAACUGCUUUCAGUGAUCGAUGCGGACCGAAACCUGGACCUCUUAAAGAGAGACUGUAGUGUCUCUGUGAGGAAACUCUGGUUACACAUCUUUGCCGAUGAUAAGCUGCUGGAAAUUCCACUGCCAUCACUUGAAUCAGAAACGAGAACAAUUCUUGUAAAAAACCAAGGCAAGAACUUCACUUUGAGCAUGCCUUUCAGUUGGAGGAUAAAGGACUACUUGGAGGAGCACUGGGUUCACGUACUUCAAAAUGAAGGUCAUACUCAACAAAGAUUCAUUGAAUUCUUCUCCAAAACGCCACUGGGACAAUACAUAAGCGAAGAAGGCCCAGAGGUGCAGUCCGAGUUCUUUCAGUUCUACCUGCGGGAUUUUCUCAUCUUGACAAUGAACGUCAGCCGUCAGGAGGACCUAGAGCUUCUGUGUAUAGCUUUGAACAGCUGCGUUGAUGAACUGCGCUCGCAGUUGGACGCCGCGGACGAGGUUCUGUCGCUUCCAUGGGUCCACGCUGCCUACCACCAGUUCAAGAACCGAAUGCAGAACCUUUCCCGAAUGGUCUGUCUUGAACCGUGGGUGACCGGCAAACUCAUAAGUGCAGAUUUCAAGCUGGUGGACAAGAUUUUGAGGAAAGAGCUGGAGCUACAGCAAUCUGUGUUUUGGACAGAUAGCACAGCUGUGCUAAAGUAUCUGAACAGCGAGUGCAUGAGGUUCAAGACGUUUGUCGCAAACAGAGUGACAGCGAUCCUGGAGCGCUCACAAACUUCUCAGUGGAAAUACAUCAAUACUGCUUUGAAUCCCACUGAUUAUGUCUCCAGAGGACAAACUGUGGAAGUGUUCCUGAAAAAUGAGUACUGGAUUUCAGGACCAAAGUACUUGAUCAAACCACCAGAUCAGUGGCCAAGAAAUCCAGAUCCAGCAAUGAUGGACGUUGACGAUUUGGAGGUCAAAGGUGUGACUCAAGUGAACAUCAUCCAGGCGCAAGAGGCUGAAGAGCGCAUGGAUCAGUGGAUGAACCACUACUCAUCCUGGACGGCCUUGAAACACGCCGUAGCCUGGUUCCUGAAGUUGAAAACUUUUUUAAAGGCGCUGGCGGAAAAGAGAAAGGAGCUAAGAGCAUUAGGUGAAGAAAGCAAGAUGAGUGCAUUCAAGAAAGCAGAACACGUUUUGGAUGAAGAUGGUCUACGGGCCUUGCUUUGUGAAGCUGAGGCCAUAGUGAACUCCAGACCCAUCACAAGGGCAUCUUCAGAUGUCAAUGACUUGGAGGCUCUCACACCCAGCCACCCGCUGCUGUUGGAGGUCAAACCGGACUUGCCGCAAGGAUUGUUUCAUGGGGAGGAUCAAUACGCCCACCGCAGAUGGAGACACUUCAGCGUCGGAGACGUGGUGCUGAUCGUGGAUGACACAUCGCCGAGGCAUUCAUGGCCGCUCAGACGGAUUGUGGAGACUUUUCCGGCAAGGGACGGACUUGUUCAUCAAGUUCGAGUUGAGACAAAAACCAGUAAGUUUGUCGACGUGUAUGCUGCUCUUUUUUGCCUGGACCACCUGGGGACAGACUUGGGGACAGAUUCACAAAAACAAGACUGGGUGAGACGGGUCAAUAAACUCAAGAUUCCCAUUGAACUGGUCUGCUCUGAGAACAGUGUGGGAUGGUACAAAGACAGAAGCAAGAGACUUGUCAACGAAGUCCGAUCGCAGUGGAAUCGGCUAUUUUCGCUGUCGUUAUUUGCUGAGCACUUUAAAACGCAACACAAGGAGAUGAUGGAUUUAAUCCUGGAGCAUAUGCGACAACUCGACGAGGAUCUUAAAAAGAAUUCUGACCUUAAAACGCAGCAACCGUUCGAGGAGAUGAUUCGCCUCCUGAAAAACUGUAAAGAUGACGCCGUCAGAAGAAUCUUCAGGUUUACUUCGCUUCCUUGGUGCUCACUGUGUCGGGGACACCCGCAAGAUCCCGUCUGUCUGCCGUGCGAACACAUCUUCUGUGCCUCAUGUGUUAAAAAGCACUUGGUCCCCUGCCAGAUGUACUGUCCUCAAUGUAAACACGAAGUUCCGGAGGACUUUGACCCUGUUGCCUCUGAGGAUUUACGGACUCGAGUUGAACACUACGCUUCGUUUAGGAAUCAGUGCAACGCUUUCUUCAUCGACUUGGUUUCUAGUGUGUGCUUCAAGGACAACUCUCCCCCGUGCCCGGCCGUCAUUCAGCACUUGCUUUCCUUUCUUUUGGUGGAACCAACUACAACAUUAAUUCUGAACGCAAUCUUUCAUGUCUUGGCAGCCACGACCAAGGUGCUCUCUCCGUUUGACGACUCUGCAGAUAAAAACCCAGUCGUUCGAUCAGUCAUGCUCAAACUCCUGCUGAAGUAUAGUUUUGAGGAUGUGAAAGAUUACCUGCAACAUCACCUGAAGGAUCACCUGCUGGCCGUUGAGCGCUGUCAGACUUUAGAGGAAAAGGACAAAACCAAACUCUACUGCCUUUACUUAAAGUGCCUGCAGGACUCCAUGUUUGAGAGUUUCCAGGUCCGGUCAAACACUGAGAAGCAGAUGUGCAUGCUUGGCGAAACCGACUUCCUGAUGAAGCUGUCGUCCGGUAUAUCAAUGGCGGGGGUGGAGGUCACUGUGGAGCAUCUGCAGCAGGUGGCCAGAGUGCGUAUGGACCUUGAUUUAGCAGCAACCAUCAUAACUACUGAAGAACCAGAUGAAGGAGAUUCCAGUCAAAAUAACGACUUCCUAGAGAGCGUGCAGAAUCUGUGCAGUCUAAGUGGCGAGAACUGGUAUCGCGUCUACUUGCUCCGUAAAAUAAUCAGCCAACGCGGAGGGGAGUUUGUCCUGGAGCUCCUCCAACUGGAUGACAAAGACUGGCUGUUCCCCAAGGAAAUUCUGGAAAAGUAUGUGUCUUUUCAGCGAGUCGACAUCCUGCUGAAUUUCAUUGACAAUUCCAAAGUGCUCGCUCACCCGAAGGUCAAGGCCUUUGCCCGUGUUCUGGUAAAUAACAGACCCGGGGCAUUGGAGGUUGGACCCCAAACUUCCGGGGAAGAUUGUGCAUCAGUGGCAUUGGCUGUUCACCUCGCUGCCGUCUUACUUUGCACAUACGAAAACGUUGUAACACCUCUCCGAUGUCUAGCAACGGAACCCGACACCAUGCAGGCCACCUACUUGCCUACAAUGCCACAAGACAAGCUAGCGGAAGCUCAGCAAGCCCUGGGCAGUUUAGAAAGACUCCAGUGGUACAAAUGUCCAAACGGUCACCCCUGCUCGGUUGGAGAGUGUGGGCUACCCACGGAAACAACGCGGUGCCCUGACUGUAAUGCUCCUAUCGGUGGGAAUGAUCACAAGGCUGUGAAGGAUUUUAAAACAAUGGAGAAACCCGCCGAUCGCACGCAGACGGGCUACAUCCUCGGCGACCCCGAUCGAAGGGACAAUGCGGACAUGCUGGAUACCAAGCACCUUUCACCUGUUCACUUUACGCUGAUCCGCAUGUUAACCCACUUGGCUAUGCUGAUCGGCGUCUCCGACCACCCACAGAAUAUCGCGUCAAUCAUCAGCCCUCCAGUCUCCGAGCCGGGUCCGUUUCUUCUGGCUCACCUGAAGAAAGACAAGGAGCAUCUCAGAAGAUAUCUGGGCAAGGGGACGGAUGACGUUGUCGGCUCCGUCCACCUGCUCAUCCGCGCCCUCCUGAAGGCUCAGCGUCCACAAAGCUCUGAAUCAUGGACGCUUUCUACCAACGCAGAGAGGAAUGAAUGGGAGACGCAAAUGAGCCUGUUCAUCGAACCUGAACUUAGGCACUUGGAUGGCCAGUUGGAGGAAAGGAACAAAUCCAUCCAGACUGACUCGGAAAACUCUGACAAUCCCAUCAUGUGGCUGCUACAUGACGAUCCAGCCUCCUUUAUGGCUUCUCUUAAAACCGAUUCCUGCCUCCAAUGCUCCGCGGUUUGGAGCUGCGAAGAGAAUGUGUCUCUGCAGCACCUUACCAAUGUGGUGGAUCUAAAUGACGGCAGCGACACCCUGCCUGUCCUGUGGAAAUUUCUAAACAAGGAAGCAAAGCUGCGUCUGGUGAAGCACCUGCCUGAUAUUGUGAGCCUUCAGAAAGCGCUGCUCAAGCAGUUUCUGAACGUCACCCAGGUUUCUUACGGCACCAUCGCCCAAUUCCUCAACAGCCAGACAGCUAUCUCUGCAGUUUCGUUAAGAACCUGGUAUGAGAAACACAUCAAGAUCUUUUUGACAACCUGGAAUCAGCUCAGAUCAUCUUUGGAAACCUACGACGAGAUCAAGGUUCCCUCAGAGUUCUGCCAACGGGACCUGGACACCGACAGUGACCUAAAGGUGCUGUUACCACAGCGACACGGCCCCGGUUUAUGCUCCCUCGCCCUGGUCAGCUACCUAAUCGGCCUGCACAAUGACCUGGUCAGAUGUGUGAACAACCACCCGGGAGAGGAGACCAGCUACAAAGUGAGCCCGGAGAAUUUGACUGACCUGCACGUGAUCCACUACGACCCGGAGAAGGACAUGAUGCCCCUGCUCCUCGCCAACACCCAGUAUUGCGUGGAGAGGGACCAGGAGACAUUUCACGAGUACGACUUGCCCAGGAUCCAGAAGCAGAUUGUCUCUCGCUUCCUUCUGGGCAAACCCAUCAUCCAACUCGAGGGCAUCCUGACACUCGUGAACAGGCCCGACCGAGACUAUAACAUCAUCCUAAAGGACGUCAAAGAAAAAGUCAAACAAGAGCCCCUGACCACCCAGACCAUGGCGGCGAUAGCUGAGGAGCUGCACAACUUCAGCGAGUUGUGUGAAGCCCUGUCCGCUUUGGAAGUGGCCCUUGGCUUUCUCCACAUGGGAGGGCAAGACCCUAACAUGCGUCUGUCCGACUACCUGAGGGAUGUGCUGCAGAUGGGAAACCAGAUUUCCGACAAUAUCUUCAAGGUCCUGAGUUGGUGCUAUUUGAAGCAUUGUGUGGUCCUGUGGCAGCUGCUGACCGCUCUGAAAUCAGAAACUAUGCUGAAGCUCAAUAGGGAUCCGUUUGAAAAAGUCUGCAAGGAGUACAAGAGAGAGCUGUGUGAAGAACAGCGCCACCCGCUGACUGCUUUCUUCUCCAGGAACAGCACCGAAAUCUUCCUGCUGGAGCUGCACGAGCUGUUGUGGCUGGUGCUUAAGAAUCCCACGGCACCUGAUUUACACAAGCCACACUGGAGCCUGAUUUGGAGUCUGGACCCUGCCGAGGAGGACAAGUACCCAGGCUUCCCGAAGGAGGAAAUCUGUCUUUGUCACGCUGUGGAAACAUGGAAGUUCGUCAAUGCCAUCAAGCAUGAGCGUAUUCACAGGCUAACUGAAUGA